GGCAAUGACUUAUACCAUGAAAUGAUUGAGUCUGGUGUUAUCAAUUUGAAAGAUGCUACUUCCAAGGUGGCACUGGUGUAUGGUCAAAUGAAUGAACCACCUGGUGCUCGUGCCCGGGUUGCUUUGACAGGACUGACUGUGGCUGAAUACUUCAGAGACCAAGAAGGUCAAGAUGUACUGCUAUUUAUUGAUAACAUCUUCCGCUUCACCCAGGCUGGCUCAGAGGUGUCUGCCUUACUGGGCAGAAUCCCUUCUGCUGUGGGAUAUCAGCCUACCCUGGCCACUGACAUGGGUACUAUGCAGGAAAGAAUCACCACAACCAAGAAGGGAUCUAUCACUUCUGUACAGGCUAUAUAUGUGCCUGCUGAUGACUUGACUGAUCCUGCCCCUGCCACUACCUUUGCCCAUUUGGAUGCUACCACUGUGCUGUCCCAUGCUAUUGCUGAACUGGGCAUCUAUCCAGCUGUGGAUCCUCUAGACUCCACCUCUCGCAUCAUGGAUCCCAACAUUGUUGGCAGUGAGCAUUAUGAUGUUGCCCGGGGGGGGCAAAAGAUCCUGCAAGACUACAAAUCUCUUCAGGACAUCAUUGCCAUUCUAGGUAUGGAUGAACUUUCUGAGGAAGACAAGUUGACUGUGUCCCGUGCACGGAAAAUACAGCGUUUCUUGUCUCAGCCAUUCCAGGUUGCUGAGGUCUUCACAGGUCAUAUGGGAAAGCUGGUACCCCUGAAGGAGACUAUCAAGGGAUUCCAGCAGAUAUUGGCAGGUGAAUAUGAUCAUCUCCCAGAACAGGCCUUCUAUAUGGUGGGACCCAUUGAAGAAGCUGUGGCAAAAGCUGAUAAGCUGGCUGAAGAGCAUUCAUCAUAAAGGGCCCUUCUGGCAGACUAAGCACUCAUCCUCUGUACUCUCCCUCUCCUUGUUCCUAGUCUAAAAACCUUCAGUUUUCUUUGUAGGCCACACAAAAGCCUUGAAUGAAGACAUGUUCUUUCAGAAAAGUAUUUAAGGUUUCCAAUAAAAUGUACACCUCUCA